GUCCGUUCCUGGGCUGGACAGGAAACGACGGAGACGCGCAGCGUGUCUCCCCAGCAGCUGCGGGAGAGAAGAAUGGGAAUGGGAACAGAUUUGUGGAUUGCAGGCGAGGCAGCGUGCGAAAACAUGAGGACAACGGACAAUUUAAAAUAGAUUCAUAUUUGAAAUAGUUAAUUAUCCAUAUCGUAGCAGGAGUUUUCCCCUUCUGUUUUCUCCCACUGAGGGCAGGGAUAUUCAUUAUCUUGGACAGCAUAGAAGGAAAGGGAGCCUCUUUGUGAAUCCUAUUUCACUGGGAUAAAAGCCCAGCUGCAGAGUGGAGCGGUGGUCUGACCUUUACCCUCAGUAAGAAGAAAGGAAAAGCCACUUCAGAGAUUCACCAGAGAUUUUUGUGGACGGUUCCAGAUGACAGAUGUUUGGGAAGUUCUGACCUGCCUUCCAUCCCAUUCUCUUAGAAAAACCAAAAAAACAACUAGGAUAAACUGAAAACACAAAAAGAAAAAUAUGGAUCAGGUGUCGGACGACGAGUUGGACCACGGGGCGGAGGAGGACAGCGACAAGGAGGACCAGGACCUGGACAAGAUGUUUGGGGCCUGGCUAGGCGAGCUAGACAAGCUCACACAGAGUCUGGAUGAUGGAAGGCCUCAAAAAGCACUGCAGAAGCCACCGCUCAGGCAGGAGACGAACAUAGCCAACUUCUCCUACCGUUUCUCUAUGUACAACAUAAAUGAGGCUCUCAAUCAGGGAGACAACGUCGACUUGGAUGCUCUGAUGGCUGACCUUUGCUCCAUCGAGCAGGAGCUCACCACCAUCUCCAAACCAAACUCAACAUCCCGCAGCCAGAACAAAGGACAACAGAGGGGCCCUGGGGGCCGCAGUGCCAGCACCAAGCACAGUGGCACCGGUGGAGGGGGAAGCAGUGGAGGAAGUACCAGCAGCAGUGCCAGAGCAUCGCCGGCAAACACAGUUCGAGGCGGCAGCGUUAACUCCCGGCCCGUGGCCUCCAAUAUCUCCCUGGACGACAUCACCUCUCAGCUAGAGAAGGCCUCCCUCAGCAUGGAUGAAGCGGCACGUCAGACUUCUUCUUCGUCUUCCUCAUCUUCAGUUUCCUCCACGGCUUUGCGACGUCCCUCUUCUGGAUCGUCUGGCGGCGGGCAGCACCGCAGGACUGGGUCAGUGGGUGCGAUCAGCGAGCAGGAGGCUCAGUCGCAGCGGUCAAGCAUUAAUUCGGCAUGCGCCUCAGCUUCCAGCAUGGACUCCCUGGACACGGAUAAAGGGACGACGGGAGGAGAGGUAGAUGAGGAGGGCACUCCAAGCGCGCAGGGUCAGGUCCAGAACAGCACAGAGCAUGUCACACUGCGACGGGCCAACAGUAGGCCGGCCAGGCGCCAGCUUGACUUCACCUCACGCGAGGGGGGAGUGGACCGGGCCACUCACUCCUAUCUGGACCAAGAAACCUCACUCAUUCUGAAAAGCAUAGCUGGGAAGCCCUCUCACCUCCUGACCAAGGAGGAGCAAGCUGCAAAGAUCAAGGCAGAGAAGAUCCGUAUCGCUCUGGAGAAAAUCAAGGAGGCACAGGUCAAAAAGCUGGUGAUUAGAGUCCAUAUGUCUGACGAGAGCUCCAAGACCAUGAUGGUGGAUGAGAGGCAGUCCGUCAGACAGGUGCUGGACAGCCUGCUGGAUAAGUCUCACUGUGGCUACAGUCCUGAUUGGUCUCUUGUGGAAACCAUUACUGAGCUACAGAUGGAACGUAUAUUUGAGGAUCAUGAGAACUUGGUGGAGAACCUGUUGAACUGGACCCGGGACAGCCACAACAAGCUAAUGUUUAUCGAGCGCAUCGAGAAGUACGCUCUUUUCAAGAACCCCCAGAACUAUUUGUUGGGGCGGAAGGAGACAUCAGAGAUGGCUGACAGGAAUAAAGAAGCUCUCCUAGAGGAAUGUUUCUGCGGUGGAUCGGUGUCUGUGCCAGAGAUCGAAGGGAUUCUGUGGCUCAAAGAGGAUGGAAAGAAGUCGUGGAAGAAGCGUUACUUCCUCCUCAGGGCUUCAGGGAUCUAUUAUGUCCCAAAAGGCAAAGCUAAGGCGUCCAGAGAUCUCGUGUGCUUCCUGCAGCUGGACCAUGUUAUCGUGUAUUAUGGCCAGGACUACCGCAGCAAAUACAAGGCUCCGACUGAUUACUGCCUGGCCCUAAAGCAUCCCCAAAUCCAGAAGAAGUCUCAGUACAUAAAGUACCUGUGCUGUGAUGAUGUUAGGACCCUGCACCAGUGGGUGAAUGGGAUUCGCAUCGCCAAGUAUGGCAAGCAGUUAUAUGUAAAUUACCAGGGAGCAAUGAAGAGGACAGAGGCAGCCUAUGAUUGGUCAUCCCUGUCUACCUCCAGCAUUCGAUCAGGCUCCAGUUCUGCCAGCAUACCUGAGUCCCAGUCCAAUCAUUCAGGUCAUUCAGACAGUGGAGUGGAUACAGCCUCCUCUCAUGGCCGGUCCCAGAGUGUGGUGAGCUCCAUUUUUUCUGAAGCCUGGAAGAGGGGAACCCAGAUGGAGGAGAAUUCAAAAAUGAGGAUGGAGGCGUCGCGUGGAUCAACGCAUUCUUCCCACAGCCACCGACAUCACAGCCAGCAUUCAGUGGACCACCCAGUCCUCACUCCCCAUCCACAACAGCAACAGCAGCUGCAGCAUCCACCUCAGCCUCAGCCAUCUUCAGUGCAACAACCAACACUGACCCAACCACAACAUCAGCCUCCACAGCCUCCUUCUCCUCCCCAGAUGCUGCCACCCCCACCUCCAGGGACCCCACAAGUGCUGCCUGAGCCACCCAUGUCUCCCGAGCCGCAGCCCAGCAGCAGCUACAACCAAAUGCUCCCACAGCAGCAGCAGGAACCAAUUGCUGCCCCCAGUCCACCUCCACCACCUCCCCCACCUCCUCCUCCUCCUCCCCCCCUACCUCCAGUCCAAAUGUUGUCACACCACUCACUGGCCCCCACAAUGUACAAGUACAGCACCAUCACCAGGCUGCAGAACCAGAAGGCUUCCCACAAGUUACCUGCUCACCUCCACGCAACAGCGCAGCAAGUUCUGCCUCCACCUCCGACGCUGCCUGCUGCACAGGUUAUCAAGCCUAACGUGAAUCACAUUGCUGCAAGGACCAAUGUCCCACCUCCUCCGCCGCCUCCUCCUCCCCCUCCACCAUCAAUGCCAACCCCAGGGUCCGCUAUGGCUGUUUUGAGGUUUGGCCCUCCCAGCCCUGCGGCCCCUCCUUCUUUCAUCCCACCACCUCCUGCUCCACACAGCAAUGGUGCAGGAUUUCCUCCUCCACCCUCACCUCCACCUCCUGCACCAGCUCCCAUGAGCCAGACUGUUUAUUCCAAUGGGCUCAAGCAGGCUUUAAAGGAGUGGUUUCCCAGUCCACCACGAGAACUCCUGCCUCAGAACGGAGAUCUUGAGGACUCGCCACCGCCUGCUCCUGCACCACCCCCACCUCCUCCGCUGCCUCCGCCCCCACCCCCACCUCCUCCUCCUCCACCCCAGCAGUUCCCAAUACCAGCGCAGUUUCCGCCUCCUCCUGGACCCCCACCAGCUCCACCCAAAACCUUCACUCCUGGCUUUAUGCCUCACAAUGCACCCAAACCCAUGUCCCCGGUCUCACCAUUUCCUCCUGCUCCACCCGCUGCUGCGCCGACUCCACCUCCACCACCACCCCCUCCUCCUGCACCUGCUCACAUAAAGAAACAGCUCAGCCUUCAGCAGGGACACACAUCCAGUCAUCCUCCAGCUACCAUGCCCAAGCAGCACAGCCUGUCUAAAACAGUGAGCAUGUCCAAAGGAGCUGCACCUACCAUGUCUCUGGUGAAGCAAUUGGCAAGUCAGUUUCCAGGAGCUUCAUCCCAAGUAGUUAAUCAUGCUGAGUACCCUAAAGCUCCCCUGUCCUUUCCAGCUGUAAAAACUAAACCAAAAUGGCAGCCUGGCGGUCACCAGCAGCUGGAGUCUCCAGAGUUCCCACCUCCACCAGCAGAGAGCAACAAUGGCUUCCCUGCACCACCACCCCCACCGCCUCCCCCAGCACCGAUCACUGGCCCAACACCACCUCCUCCUCCACUUCCUUCGGGAAAUAUGGGCUCUCCAAUGAAAAGAUCACCCUCUAGUUCAUCCAAUUUCGGUGGUAAGAAACCCCCUCCGACCCCACAGAGGAACUCCAGCAUUAAGUCCAACUCAUCUGCCUCCUUCGAGGAAUCCAGGAGGAAUUUGCUCAGCAAGUUUGCUCCCCAGAGCAAUGCCACCCCUUCUUCCUCGUGUCCCAACUCCUCCUCCAAUGGAUCUCCUUCAAAGGACCCCUCAAAUGGGCCACCUGCUCCACCUAAACCAGGAAAGCUCAACCUGUCUAACUUGCCUUUGGCACUGCAGGCCAAAGUAAGCCAGGCUAAACAGGCUGGCGGUGACUUUCCUUCUCCCCCACCCGAGUGCGCCUACUUUCCACCUCCUCCCCCGGUCUCUGAGCUCUUCCCUCCUCCACCACCUCCAGGCAACGACAUGCAUAGUGGAGGUGUCCCAAGGGUAGCUGUGGUAAACCCUCAACCCCAAGCACCCCCUCCACCACCGCCUGUCUCCCUUGUUAGCAACUCAAUAUGGGCAAAGAACUCCCUAAAAAAGACUCCUCCACCCACCCUAGGAAGGCGAAGCAAUGCCAACCUAGAACCCUCUCCGAUAUCGCCACCUGCGCCUACAUCCCCAAAGGGUAGCUCAGGUCAACCUAACUUCCUGGAGGAUCUCAGCAAGACAUUGAAGCAAAAGUCAGUGGGUCGCCAUGGUCCAGGAAAGCUGGAUCCAGCAGGGACCAUGGACGACAUGGCCCUGCCUCCACCGCCCCCAGAGCUGCUCCUGGACCAGGGCAAGCAGAGCAAUGGAGGAAAUGGCGGCUAUAUGUCCGGAAACAUCUCAGGCUAUGCAACGCUGCGAAGAGGACCACCACCUGCGCCACCCAAACGAGGGGAUGGGACCAAACUUACCGGAUAACGUUGAACUCUGAGAUCAGGAUGCAGUGCAGCUGGCUGAACAGACUUUAUUUGAUAAAUGGGUAUGAAAUCCUGGACUUAUGAAAUUCUCCUGUGAUCAUUGAUUGGUGACCUUGUAUAUACAAAAAGCCAAAUCUGACCACCAAAUCCAAACAGUGCAUUUAAAAAAAAAAAACCGCAAAACAUUGUAAAACAGAAGGAUUUACAGUACCAAGACUGUUAAGACUGGACCGGGUAGGUAUGAAGGAUCCAGGUCUGAGCCAAAUCAUGUGUUUGCUUUUCCUUUUUCCUAUCUUUUUUUUUUUUGCCAUAAAGCUAUGCCACGUACGGAAUACAAAACAAACAAAUCGGAACCACGUGAAGCUGUUUCUGCUUUGAUUACUGCAUGAACCACAUGUCUUAGGUUGAGUGUGCCUGUGUGUAUGUGUGAGAGAAAAACAUGCAUCGUCUGCAUGCAUGAUUACAUAUAGUGAUGAAGUAGUUAACUGUUAAGAAAGGCUGUCGUGGAAUGUGACUGUUUGGUUUUCUUUUGUAGGAAAUAAUUUAAAGGCUUAUUAAUUUAAAGUUGUUUUUUUAAUGCUGGUCAGCAGGUUUUGUCUAAACCAGAAUAAUAUUUGGUCACAAUUUCAUGUAUGAUUGAGGGAUUACAAAUUGACAUGUUAUGGAGAGGAUUCUGCUAUAUGGGUGAAUCUCAGUAAAUGGGAAUAUCACUGAAAAGUUCAUUAUUUAAUCAUUUCGAGUCAAAAUGUAAAAACUCACGGCCUAAAUUUCUCAGAAAAUGUUAACAUUAAAAAGACCAAUAAGAGAAGGAUUUUUAUUACAGAAAUGUUGUGUUCUGCUGAUGCUAUGGACAGCACAAACAUGGAGAAGAUUCCUGACUUGACAGUCGUCCAGCUGGAACGCUCCAUAACGGAAAGCCACAAAUGUUAAAGGAGAUGGCUGUGCACAAAGUGCUGUAUCCAAGCAUAUUUAAAGGAACGUUGAGUGGAAGGAAGACGUGUGGCGUUCCACCACAGGCUGAUCUUCUCCAUGUCACAACGGAUUGAUGCAGUAAUUCAUGCAAAAGGAGGUCCCAUUGAGUACAUAUGGUGGUCGUACUUUUCGGUAGGCUGAUAUUUCUGUAUAAAAAAUCCUUUUUAUUGCUUUUAUGUAAAAUUGAAUUUUGGAUUUUAAGCCAUAAUAAGAAAUAUUAAGGGAUAAAAAUACUUCAAAAUACAUCGUUUUAUGUAAUGAAUCUGAGUUUCGCUUUCUGGUUUAAAUUACUCCAAUAAAGUACACUUUUUAUGGUAUUCUUAUGUAUUGAGAUACACUUCAAGUAUCUGCAAAAACCUAUAAUCAGUUGAAAACAUUUCUUGACCUCUUCACAACUCUGGAAACACAAAUCUGAAGCAAGCCUCUUUCUAAAAGUCUUCCAGAGGUCAAUCGAAUGGAGACAUCAUCUGAAUACGUUUGCCAAGGGCUUGGACUGUGCAACAGAAUGCAAAUUGUACCUUUUUUAUUUAUGCAAAUGUAGUAACAACCAUGUUUAAAUGGAGGGGAGGCCUGUGUUUUUCUGUGAGUUCCUUUUCUGUUGGCUUGAUUUUUGGACCUCAUCCCUUCAGUUUGAAGCUCCUUCACCACUGGUUCCCAGCGCCUUUUUCAUCCCAUGAGAUCAGCAUCCUGACAGCAGGAACACAGACUGGAAUAUCAUCAUAGUACACAGUGAAGAAGACGUAUUCGCCUGGUUAAUGUACAGAGCAUUAAAUCGUUUAUUUAAUAACCCAUCAUCAGACUUGCAUUAGACCGAAUGUGCUUUGAACCCCGUCUUGUUUCUUCAUGGUGCCAUUGCUGCUUUAGCCGUCAGCGUACAUGACAGCAGCGCUUUUAUUAUCCGGGUGCUUGUGCUGUCUGUUAUGUAUCCCAUUCUCCAUGUGUCCUUUUGUUCCAUGAUGACAUAUCAGAAGCAUUUCACAUAAGUUAACUGGCAUUAAAUGCAGAGGCUGUUCUUACCAGCUGCCCUGUUGGUUGAUUCCACAAAGACUCUUUAAACACACUUUUCAUUUGUCAGUGUCGGCUAAAGACGGUAUAUCUUAAACCACCUUGAAGGGAUGUUUGCUAGAAUGCAGUUUGUAAGCAAUUAAUGUUCUGAAAUGGAAGUAAAGACAAAGAAGGUUUAAGUAAAUGUUUCCUCUUGCAUAUAACUGAAAAUCUCAAUAUACAUGUUCAAACCAGA